AUGCUGCCCGCGGACUGCUCGCGCCGGCUGGUGGCCGAGCUGCGGGACGCCCUGGACGCCUGCGCUGAGCGACAGAGGCAGCUGGAGCGGAGCCUGCGCGUCUCCCGCCGGCUGCUGCGGACCUGGGAACCAGCCGAGACCCCGGCUCCGCAGCCAACCCCAGCGCCAGAAACCAGUGGAGAGGCUCCGUCUCCGGAAUCCACACCCAGCCCUCAAGACCUCAAGGAGCUGGAGCUUCUGACCCAGGCACUGGAGAAGGCUGUACGGGUGAGAAAAGGCAUCUCUAAGACUGGAGAGAGACACAAGGCCCUCAGCCUGAAGUCUGGGUCCGCUGCCCCUUCUGCCACCACAGCCUCUGCCCCGUCCCAGGCCUCCGGCCAGGCUAGCUGUCGAGUCUCAGAGACAAAACCCCCCAGGGGCAUCCAGCAGACUGUGGUGCCUGCUAGGGGCCUCCCUGAGUGCAGGCUCCUGUCAGUGCGGGAUCGCACCCGUGUGGGGAGAGGAUCCCGAGCCAUCAAGCCUGGACCAGGCCCCAGGGACCAACAGAUACCCCCAUCGGCUGCUCUUCAAGCCCCAGAAGCUUUCACACUGAAGGAGAAGGGGAUCCUGCUGCGGCUACCCAUGGCCUACAGGAAAGCGGCUUCCCGGAACUCCCGCCUGUGGGCCCAGCUCAGCUCUACACAGACCAGUGACUCCGUGGAUGCCGCUGCCACCGCCAAAACCCAGUUCCUCCAGAAAAUGCAGAUGACUUCCGGCGGGCCCGGCUCUGGGCUCAGUGCUGCAGCAGUGGAGGCCGAGGUGGGGCUCCUGCAGACGGCCUGUUCGCUGCUGAGACGGCGAAUGGAGGAAGUGCUCUCAGCAGACCCUGCUGACUGCAUGCAGGAGUACCGCUGCCUGCUUACCCUGGAGGGGCUGCAGGCCAUCACGGAGCAGUGUCUCCACAGGCUGCAGGAGCUGCGUGCAGCAGUGGUGGGACAGCAGCUGGGGCCGUGGCCUGUGGGGAGACGCCCCGGAGCCUCACUGCCCUGCGGAGGAGGAACAGACCCUAUCUGGAGCCCCCAGCUUCUUCUCUACUCCAGCACCCAGGAGUUGCAGACUCUAGAGGCCCUGAGGCUGCGGGUGGCCAUGCUGGACCAGCAGAUCCACCUGGAAAAGGUCCUGAUGGCGGAACUCCUCCCCCUGGUGGGCACACAGGGGCCACACUGGCUAGCGCUUUGCCGAGCUGUGCACAGCCUGCUUUGCGAGGGAGGGGAGCGCUUCCUCACCGUCCUUCGAGAUGAACCUGCCGACUGA